GAAUCAUCGGGUGAUGAAGACGAAACGGACGAAACAGCAAAAUUGGCCAGCUGAACGGUGUUAGCUUGUGAAAGUUUCUUAAUUUUUCGGUGUAUCUCGCGCGAAACUACGGGGUAAAAUUGUGUAAAAGUGUGGUAGUAUUUCAGUAAAUACUAUUUGCGAUAUAUAUUGCACAAUAAUCUUGUAAAUAUCGUGUAAAAGUGGAAACCUCACUAGGUGCAGGAUUCAAACUUGUUCGUGGUUGCAGGAAUGACAGUGAUCGAUUCUAGUGUUGGUUGAGAAGAAAAAGCUAGUUUUCCGAGACUCCGGUGCAUUCAGAACCCUUUCAGAAGUGAACGAUAGUUGCUAUUCGGCGAAACGUGCAGUCAUCAGUACGAGGUGACUACAUUCUUUACACCAAUUGCCAUAAAAGUACGAUUUGCAAUAAGAAAAGCAGCUCGCCAAAAUGAUAAACCUAAAAGUGAAAACUCUCGAUUCUCAAAAUCAUGACUUCAGUGUGGAAAAUGAUAUUACCGUUCGACAAUUCAAGGAGCAUAUCGCCGAGAAGAUAAACGUUGCAGUGGAUAGGCAGCGCUUGAUCUACUGCGGACGGGUACUAAGCGACGACAAACCGCUAAAAGAGUAUGACGUUAAUGGAAAAGUCGUUCAUCUCGUGCAGCGGGCACCACCCUCCGCACGGGGUAACAGCUCUAGCGGUAGCACCUCUACUCUGAACGACGAAGGAGCAAGAGCUCGCCGCUCGCGAAGUAGCGACAAUGCCGCACGAUCGCAAAUGUUUCGUGGUUUGGAUGAUUUCAACACCAUGUAUUUCGGGUCGAUGACUUCGAUUCCCUUGAACGUUAAUGCAUCGCAAAGUCCUCCGCAAAUACCGACUGUGAGCCCAUCUUCAACGCUUUGUAUGAAUCGAAUCACCGUCGCUCGUCAUAUGCUUCAGUGUGCCGAUAAUAUCAUCAGUUAUCUUGAAAUACCGGAAAGAGGACUCAAUAACACCGCAAUGGAUAUUCUUUCUCAACAAACCAUGGAGUCUACGGUUUUUGAAGUCGGCAUCAGUGCCGUCGGGGAUGUGGAUAUUCCACACAAUCAAAUGCAAAACUUUGUACAAGCUUUCCAGGGUGCAGUAUCUGCAGCAUUUCGUCAAAAUGGAAUGUCUAACGUUACCGUUCAGCAACAAGAUCCGACCAAUCCGUCGGUACAGGUGUUUGGUACUAUUCCCGAUUCAGCUAUUAUUACACCACCAAACACCAGCGCUACAGCCACACCAGCUCAGGAAAGCUCUGGUGCAUCGUCUGGUGGUUCUUCAACAUCUUCAAGUACCUCGGAAUCCAGUGCUGAUUCUAGACGCCAGGCUCGGCCCGAUUCUUCCCGUAAUAAUCAAACUACCAGUACACAAACUUUAGCAGAAGUAGUCCAGCAGAUGCGCAGUGUUCAACGAAGAAUGGAACCAUUUAUGCAACAGUACUAUGAAAUUUUGCUACAUGACCCAACAUACGAAGAAGGAGACUCGGCUGCGCGAGAAAAUGCUCAGCGCGUUUUUGAUCGUAUUUCGGAAGCUUUACACUAUAUGUCCCAUGCCCAGCACGCCGUCAGCGAUCUUAUGCUCGACUUGCAGACAUCAUCUCCCCGCCAUUUGUGCUGUCGGCCAAUUUUGGUUGAGCAGUCCGCUUUCGUAAGUUCGGGAAUCGCUGCGGUUCCGAAUAACUUGGCCAACCUGCUAAGAGCCACCAAUAACAAUAACAACACGGAAGUUGGCAACAACAACAUCAAUGCACAGAUUAUCAAUCUGUCUAUACCGGCAAUUCCCACUCAACCUCCCAGUGCAGGUUCCACGCCAAUGCAACCGCCGAACCCGAUUGGCCCACAAAACAGACAAGCCGGACCACCUGGACCUACUGCCGGGACGGGAAUUCCCACAGCACCAGUUGGAGCGACUCCUACCCAAAAUCAAACACAACAGCAACAAGGUCAGUCCACAAGAUCAAUCCUGGCCAACCUCCCAGAAGAUGUUGUCACGCGCUUGUAUAUUCCUUUAUAUGACCCGACGACAGUUAGACGAAUGCAGAACAUCAUUCAGACCAUGGGACCUACAGAAAAUGCCAGUCCGAGAGCUGCAGCCUCUUCGCCCAGAAGUGCUAGCACCAGUGCCACUGGGCAAGCCACGAACGAAGAACCGCUGACCGCGUCCUCAGCUUCCUCUUCCUCCGCCAAUUCGCGGACGACCAGUGAGUCUGACUCCGUUAGCUCGGGUUCACCCGACCGUUUAACGAACUCUAACAAUGCACAGCUUCAGGUGGCACGCUUGAUUCAGGCCGUAGUAAACGCUACUCCCAUCCAUGCAGAUAUCCAUGUGCAGAUAAAUGCCGGAGGAAAUCAACCAGGUGCUGGUACUCAAAGUACAACAACUACAAGCAGCACCACUACAACCUCUACCAACAGCAGCAACAGUUUUGGACCCCAACCAACACCGACAUUGGCUAAUAGUAACGCGUCCACUAACAUCAAUCGUGGCAAUAACGACAGCGAAUCACAAUCUCGUUUUGUAACCGUUACUCUACCAACAACAUCCACGCAAACACGAUCGACGUCUAGGCCACACAUUCACAGCAUACCCCCAGCACGUAUUCGCAACGUGCGUCCGAUCCCAGCAAAUAUGCUUUCCUCCUUUGACAGGUUCUUACCAUGUAAUAGCCACCACAUACGCGAAAAUUCUGACCGUGUUACAUCAGAAGCCUCAACCGUAAGGAACACCGCGGCAAAUAGUAACAACAACAGUAGCAGAACCACACCAACAUCUACAGCUAGUCAACCCAGUGCACCUCCUUCGGAAACCAUCUCGUCGCUACCGUUUAACUUAUUCGGUAGUCAGUUCACAUUAGCAGAUUUUGAACAGAUUGUUCCCAACCCUAAUACGCUGAAUCGAGUCCGUGAUUCACUUCAGGCAUACGUCAUUGAAACACUUUUCAAUGGACAGGCGAUUAACGAAGCUACCAUGCAAGAUGCCGUUGAUCUUCUAAUUCGUCGACUUGAACCAAUCCUAACACGCGUAUCGAACUACGAUCUACCAGACUACGACACACGGGCUUCGAUUGAAAAUUUAAUACGCAACUCAAUUCCAUUCUGCAUUAAUUUGAUUCGCGAGGAUAACUCGCAACAGUUUGGUGUCCGUUUACUACGCUUCCUCAUCACUUUUGUUCGCCGAUUUUUCAUGAUAUUGGUAACCUGCGUUGGACAGACAAAUGCCCACUCCUUUUCUGGUGAACUACUAAACAUGGCAAUAUUCAGCACCCAGGAUGUACCCACCGUUAACCCGGAACUAUUGCAACUGUUUCUACCAGCCAUACAACGUCAGUUGGAACGUUCCAGCCAUCACGAUCAGCAAGAUAUCCAGGAAUUUUUGGUAAUUAGAGGGCAUGCUCCCGAGCACAAUAAUCGUCAUCGAGUACCUAGUCCCAUGGAAGUAGAUGACUUGGAAUCUACAACGACACCAGAGCUCGUAUCAGACAUAGCGGAAAUUUCCAUUUCCAUCGAACCACCGAUUGUCAAUAUCGAUCAAUGCGCUGCAAUUGUAAUUUCCGCUGCACCAAUUUCUUCGACUGGAUCAUCAUCAACAGGAGCCGUUCCUGCCACAGCCGCACCCGUAGAUAACAGUGAAGAUAUAACGAUGGCGACUCCCGCAACAGCCAUUGAACCCUCUGUACCGCCACCACUGGCACGGAAAGAAGAAGUCGAGGGUCUACCUUCUGUAGUUGUCGGCUCUGAGCCGUGGCACACACAUUUACCAUCCACCUGGCUUCCGGUGAUUACACGUGACAUCGCGCGUCAGAGAAGACAGAUCCCGCAAGGACCCUACUCUGAUGCAUACAUAUCCGGUAUGUCAUCAAAACGUCGUAAACUAAUCGCCGAAACGAAACCUCCCUCGGACAUCCCGUCGCUUAUAACAGCUGGGGUGAGGCAAGCUUUCUACAAUACCGGCAUCAAUCCUGUGCUUACUGGGAACGCCAAUUCCAAUAGUGCUGGAGUCAGUACCGGUAACGGUCCAGUUACUCUGGAUGAGCUGGCCAAUACGAUAGCAGAUGAUUCGACCUUGCAGAGUUCAUAUUGCGAAACUAUGAAAACCAGCAUACGAGAAAGGUUAGCCAAAGAUCCAGAUUACGAUGCGAAACGGUAUCCAAAUUGUUCAAAAUAUUUCGAGAAAUAAUCGCAACGCCUUAAAGAAGCUUGAGUGAUGAACAGGGAAACAAAGCAAGGUUAGUUUUACGCGUUGCAAGAUUGUCAUAGUUGGCAUGGUGGAGAGAAUAACAUGGGUGCGCAGUGCAAUUCACUGCAGUAACAUACAACUCUGCGAAUGAAAUGAAGCACAUGCUAAAGAAAAAAAUCUGUACUAUAAUAUUAAAUUAAAGAUGGACAAUUCAAUUAGUACUCUAUAUGCUUGACUAACCAUCAUCCUCCUAAAUAUUGAUAUCUAAUUGAAAUCUGCAAACUGAACAAACCAUUAUUCAUAAUCGCGUCGAUUUAUAGAUCAAUAUCCGCUGGUUUGUUAUUGGGGCAGUUUGCAUUGUUAUCUAUUCAAAAUAGGUUUUGUGCAUAUGUUAGUUACAGCUGUGAACAAAAACAGUUUUAAGUGAAAAUAAACUUUGAAGGACACAGACCGUUACGAUAAGCUUACUAACUGACGGUCAUUAUCUAAAUUAGAAGAAAUUUGCUAUCAAUUAUACAGGAGAAUAAAGGAUUAUUCUUUUCUUUUGUUUUUUUUGUUUUUGCAACUGA